AGCAGCUGAACCAUGAGCCAGAAAACAGGGAUAAUUAUUCCUAAAAAAAAGAGUACUUACAGCAUUUACCGUUCUUAAUACUGUCAAAGAAUGAGUAAUGAUGUAUCUAAAAAGAAGGGGAAGGGUUCAGGUGAGAAAAAGGGCAAAAGAAAAGCCAAAAGAAGAGAGACUUACGCGAUGUACAUCUAUAAAGUAUUGAAACAGGUUCAUGCGGACACGGGCAUUUCCAGCCGAGCCAUGAGCAUCAUGAACUCCUUCGUGAACGACCUGUUUGAGCGGAUCGCCACCGAGGCGUCCCGGCUGGCUCAGUACAAUAAACGCUCCACCAUCACCAGCAGAGAGGUGCAGACCGCCGUGAGGCUGCUGCUGCCCGGGGAGCUGGCCAAACACGCCGUGUCCGAGGGAACCAAAGCUGUCACCAAGUACACCAGCUCCAAAUGAAGACUUCAACACCUCUCGGAGAUGUUGUGACAAAGGGGGUUCAAACCUGCUGUGCAUCAGGGGUUUUUGUAACCUGGUUUAUUCCAAUAAUAAACAUAAGCACAAAGAUUUCUUUUCA